UUAAAAUUAGAACUGUUGCCGGAAUUUCUCUGUGUCGUUUUAUUGUAAACGAAUUUUAGCACGUUUCAUAUAAGUUCUAUUAAUCUAAUGUUGUUUGUCUAUGACCGAGUGAAUCGAUUGGUUUGAAAUUUGAGCUAAAAGGAAUUGCAUUUAAGAAUAUUAUACCUAAUCGCAGUUAAGUAGAAGUGUAUCCUAUAACAAUUGACAUUGAAAAUGCGUGUGAUCGGACUGGUGCUCCUCUUAUUGAUGUGGAAAAAAGAUUAUGCCAAUAGUGUUCGUAUAGUGGAGCUACGUGUUUCAACUCAUGCUGCAGAAGGCGGGGAGGCACUCCUGGGCUGUGAAUUCGAUUUGGAAGGUGAUGUACUAUACUCGUUGAAAUGGUACAAGGAUAACCGAGAGUUCUACCGUUACUCGCCACUGAAUGAUCAACCCGUCACUCACUUCUCGACGCCGGGCGUUAUCGUCGAUCUUAUUCGUUCAACGAAUAACGUGGUGGCUUUGAAGAAUUUGACCCAGGAGUCGGCUGGUGUUUACCGCUGUGAGGUGACCGGAGAAGCUCCAAAUUUCAUGAGCGUCAGCAGUGAGAAACGCAUCUCAGUAUACCUUCUUCCAAAAGGCCGCCCAAAAAUCUUCGGACUACAGAAACAAUAUGAAAUUGGCGAUAAAUUGUUAUUGAACUGUACAUCUCCACCCUCCCAACCUGAAGCACAGUUAACAUGGCUCUUAAAUGAAAGGCCAGCACCUGAGGAAUAUCUUAUGGGACCAUGGUACAAGAUUAGUACAGAACAUCCAGAGGCACCCAUGCGAGCGAAAUUAAAACUAAACUUCAUAGUCAGACCAGAGCAUUACGUGAAUGGAGUAAUGACGCUUAGAUGUCGGGCGACAAUAGCACCACUUUACCAUCAAGAGACAAAUUGUACGUACUACCUCAACACACCCACGGUAACCACAACUCUGGUCGCACCAUCAUUUGAAUUCGAACAGAUGACUGCAGAGGAUAACAACAUAGGUAAUUCAGCUAUAUCGGAAAUUUCAUUGAAGAUACAGCGUUCAUAUGUUUUACUGUGGAUAAUAUUAAUAUUUUUUACACUUUUAUAAUCUUGUUCAGCAUUUAAUUAAUUGAGGAUCAAAUUGUCAAAGUAAGCAGUUAAGCAGUUAUGAAAAUAGCAUUUAAUUACUUGUUUAAAACAUAUACCUUUCAAGAAUUUCCACGCUUGAAUGCAGCAGUAAUUUUAUACGUCUAUAAUUACAUUGUCUGUUAUUUAAAUAAAAUAUAUUUUUUUAAAUAAUAAAAAUAAUUUUCAGUAAAAUAUUUGCAUAGUCUGUUCAUCAGUGUCGAAUAUGUACAUAAUAUGUACUCGACAUUGAUCAAUAGACAAUGUACAAUAAUCCGAUAUGCCAGAAAUAUUAAAAUUUACACUUAAGUUUCUUGUAACAUAUAGGUAUACAUAUGUACAUAAACAUUGAAUUUUUAUAUUAUUCCAAAUUAUUGUAUAUAGUAUAAAAAUAUGAGAACAGCUUUUAAUAUUUUCACUGUUGGUGGACCAAUAAGAAAAGUAUUGUUAAUUAUAUUUGUACAGCUUUAUAUUUUAAUUAUAUUUGUUUAUUAAAAUAUGGUUUUAUGAUAAAAUAUUUUAUUUACAGUA